AUGUCAGUUCCUGCUACGCUAAACAAGAACAAUUCUGCGGUGAAACGUAUCAUGCAGGAGGCACGCGAACUUGCCAAUGACCCAAGCACAGAAUAUAGCGCUGCACCUCUGGAGGAAUGGCACUGUACUCUGCGCGGGCCUUCGGAAACGGAAUUCGAGGGUGGCCUCUAUCACUUCCGUAUCUUGCUACCCGCAGAUUAUCCCUUCCGACCGCCCAGCCUUAUGAUGCUCACCCCGAACGGUCGAUUUGAGACUGGGACAAAGAUUUGCAUCAGCUUCACUAACUAUCACGAGGAGCUGUGGCAACCGGCUUGGGGUGUUCGCACUGCCAUUAUUGGUCUCAUGGGUUUCUUCCCUUUGAAGGGGCAAGCCGCCGCUGGUGUUGGAUCCAUGGAGUCCAGCUCAUCCGAUCGCAAGAGACUGGCAGCACUUUCGCGGAAAUGGGUCUGCCCAAGCUGCAACUGCACCAACGAAGAGUGUCUUCCGGACCCCCCGGAGAAGGCAGACUCUUCUACCGCGGAGGCUUCUACAAGCGUAGCUACGACAGAACCUACCCCUGACGGCACCGUGGCGCCUCCAGACCCCACGUCAGCCCCAUCUCUCGUCCCAGCGGAGCCGAUUCUUGCGCCAGAGCCACCGCUUGCAUCGAAUAUCACUGCACCCCCACCUCAGCUCAUUGCUGAACCUGUCGCUACUCUAACAGCCAAGUCCAAAUCACCCAAAUCCGUCUCAUUCUCGUUGCCAGAGAACGCUACCCACGAUACCUCUUCAUCUCCUUCCGUUGCUGCCAGUAUGAGCAACGAUUCGACUAGAGUCACUAGUAUGACGUCCUCUGGCAGUCAACCCUCGUCCGCCGUACCGAUACCGCUCCAGGUGUCCACCAGGACAACCGUUAUAGAUGCCCAAGGUCCCAGCAGACCCCCGUUCAUACUUGACGCUGCUAUUGCUUUACUGCUCUCUGUCAUCGUCGCUAUCCUGUCGAAGAGGCUUCUCUAA